AUGCAUCGCUUCAGUUACUUUCAAGGCACAGCCAUCAAUGCAGCUAUCUCGGCCAUUGACAUUACGUUAUGGGACAUCAAAGCUCGCGCCUUAAAUGUUCCUAUAUAUAAGCUUCUCGGAGGCGCCUGCCGCACCAAAGCACAGGUCUAUUAUUAUAAAUACGAAAAGACAAUCGAUCUGGUGGUUAAGGGGUGCAAGAGAAAAGGGGCAGCCGGAUUAAGAGCCUUUAGUCAUAUCAAUCCGUUCCUCGACGAAGGAGUUAAUUCCGUCUACUUCAAGCCCCAUAUCAAGAAGAUAAACGAUACCAUUCAAAACGUCGAAAAGAUACGGGCCGCUGUUAGAGACGACGUCGACUUGCUCGUAGAGCUUCAUCGUAGACUAACUCCCGCCGAAGCAAUCACCUUCUCCAACGCCAUUAAGCACCUUCGGCCCCUCUUCGUCGAGGACCCAAUACGCCCUGAGAAUCCCGACGCAAUGGCCACGGUUACUGACCGCAUCUCGGUUCCCAUCGCCACAGGAGAGCGUUUCAGUACCAUCUACGAACUCCAGGCGCUACUCGCGCGCAAUGCGGUUAAGUUUGCGCGCAUCGAUCUCGCACUAUGCGGUAGUAUCACUAAAGCAAAGAAAGUAGCAGCCUUAGCUAAAGCACAUCAAGUUCAGGUCGUUCCCCAUAACCCGCUAUCACCAAUCGGUUUAGCGGCUUAUCUACAACUUCCUGCAUCGAUUCCCAACUUUUACGUCUAA